UGCAUCGUAGGGCAGACAGUGAACUGGAGACCUUCCUGUUGACACCAGUGGACACUGAACUCCUUGGCCACCCAGACUACAACUGGGAGGAAAAGAUGUUUGGCUUUCACAAACCGAAGAUGUAUCGGAGUAUAGAGGGCUGCUGUAUUUGCAGAGCUAAGUCUUCCAGUUCUCGGUUCACUGACAGCAAACGUUAUGAAAAGGAUUUCCAGAAUUGUUUUGGGCUCCAUGAGGCCCGCUCAGGAGAUAUUUGCAAUGCCUGUGUCCUUUUGGUGAAAAGAUGGAAAAAAUUGCCAGCGGGAUCAAAAAAAAACUGGAAUCAUGUGGUAGAUGCCAGGGCUGGACCCAGUCUUAAAACAACACUGAAACCAAAGAAAAUGAAAACUCUUUCUGGAAGCAGAAUAAAGAGCAAUCAAAUCAGCAAACUGCAGAAAGAAUUCAAGCGGCACAAUUCCGAUGCCCACAGCACCACUUCGAGCGCCUCCCCAGCGCAGUCACCCUGUUACAGUAACCAGUCUGACGAUGGCUCCGACACAGAGAUGAGCGCUGGGUCCAGUAGAACACCAGUUUUCUCCUUUUUAGAUCUCACAUAUUGGAAAAGGCAAAAAGUCUGCUGUGGAAUUAUUUACAAAGGGCGUUUUGGGGAAGUCCUCAUAGACACUCAUCUCUUCAAACCUUGCUGUAGCAAUAAAAAGUCUGCCACUGAAAAGCCAGAACAAGAAGGACCACAAUCUCCAGCAAUCUCCACCCAGGAGGAGUGGUGACUUCCUUGGAUAGCUGCAGAAGGCUAUAUAGAUCCUAUUAUUCUCUGGAAAAAUACUAGAAGUGACUGUUCACUUUGGACACCUGCUAUGCUGCCAAAAGACUAUUCCCUAGAACUGUUUUGGGUUUUACUGCUACAAUUCCACAAACUCUGAAGCCAGUUUGUAUCCUUUCAGAAAGACUGUACAUAAUAUUUAAGAUGCUAUGGAACACUUAGCAAAGCUGAAUGCUGCUGCAAGGUUGUCUAAUCUUCCUCUCUGCCCCUCCCUGCCCCCCACUUGCUUCACAAGUGAGUAUGAGGAUGGGGUUCUGUCUAUUAAAGUAUAUGUAGUUCCUGUCUCUGUAUUGAAAGAAGCAGUGGCUGUAAGGCUUUUUUCAAAGUUGGUUGGUAACCUUCCUUAAAUCCCCAAGAAAAUAUUUCAUUGUUAGCCAUUAUGAGUCAAUAAGAUGAACUAAUACAUAGAAAUGCUAUGUCACCUCUCUAGUUAUAUAAAUAUAUAUUUUUUAAAGGUGUGGAGAUUUCACCCUAUACUACUGACGUAACAAAGAUAAGUAUUUCAUCCCUGCGAUGUGACACGGACUGGUAAACUGCAGACAUAUCUACUAAAAGUGGUAGUUAUCCGAGAAGGCCCUCGACAUAAAGUGCUCUUCAGAAGGGGUGGGAGAGCUCUCCUCCUUAGCCUAAGGAGGAAGAUUUACCUAAGAAUUGAAGAGAGUGAAAUGGGGGACGACUGUUUUAACCCAGCAGCAGACACUCUGGGCUUCAUGUAGUACCUGACUAGUGAUCAGAGAUGGACCAAGAAAACAUCUUGAUGCCCAAGUUAGGUGUAGAUGAUGGCCAAAACAGAGUAACUGCUAUCUCUUGGCCCAGUGCAGCUGAAAUGUGACCACAGACCAGACUUCUGCUGGUUUUGGACCUGACAUAGAACCAAACCCCUUGCUAAGCAAAUCAGGCUCUGGUCCGGGGACAUAAUCUGAUUGCAGCCUGGGGUCUGGAUUCACAAUUGCUAUUUUGGAACCCUUCCCCUGUGGUGCUUCUCUGUUUGUGUCUUGGUUGUUUUAAACAACCACCAAAGCAAUGCUUUUGUAAAUUCUGAGUAUGAAAAGUUUUGUUAAGAAUGGUGCUGUACUGAAUUGAGGCAGCUCUGUUUGCAUACAUCAUCAAAAGAUAGUAUUUCUUACAUGGAUUCCCAAACUUGUGUGCAAACCAUUGUGACACUCCUUCUAACUCCACUUUGCUUGUAGGGUGAAAGCAGCUUGCUGGAAGAGUGUGCUGCAGUUUUAGCUCCCAAUUGCUUCAUGUUCCUUUUAUGAAGGUUUAACUUGUGUAAGCUGGGAAUUCUGCUUUUUUUUUUUAUUUUCUGGUUUUGGGGGGAGGGGGGAUGUUUUUCUUACUCUUCUAGGAUAUUCUACAAUGGAUUGCUACAAGCUUUCCUUUCUGUGAGAGUCAUUGGCAUAAUACUGUGGUGGGUAGGGCUUAGGACUGGAUUUCCAUGUAAUCUCACUUCCUGAAAUAGGAAUGCUUAGCAAAUGAAAAUAUAGGUAGGGAAAUAUAUGCAGGUUUUAAGAGGAGUCUCUAUCCUCAGAGUUUUGGGUUUUUUUUCCUCCCUUUAAUUGGUCGUCUUUUACUUUUCCUAAACUCUCUGAGAUUCUAAAGGGAGAUCAAAGCUGCCUACCUUGCUCUCAUCUGCAACCAAAUAAAAUAAUUUAGGUUGGAAAAGACCUCUAAGAUCAUUGAGUCCAACUGCAGAUACAAUGGAUACUUGCUUUUAUAACAGCUUAACUAUGUUGGUCAUGUCUAAUAAGGGCUUGAGCAAGAGUCCGAAAUGUUUUUGCAGACAUCUGCUUUCAUUUGAAUUUGUGUUUUCAGCAUCAGUAAUUCUGUACACCUAAGGCUGCAGUAUUGGUGGUAGGAUGUGCUCUGAUACGGAUCAUCUCUUCUGUAUUUAUUUAUUUAUUACUAGAUUUCAACCACCAACUGCUUCCCCUACUCCCUCCCACCUCUUCCAUUCCCAGUAGUAAUGCAAAAUGAACUGUAUGUAGUCAUGCACUUUGUAUUAAUGUAUUAGAAAUCUAUGGAACCUGUUUUGUACUUUUAUACUGUUCAGACACUUGUAAUCCAACCUUUUUUUUACUAGGGUAAUGAAUAAAUUUAGAGUUAUUUAGAAAAUA